AUGUCCCACCUCCAUGACCUCCUCAACCCAGAUUCAACUGAGAACCAGUCUCCAACGUAUGUCUCUCAAUCCCCAAUUGUCCCUGUGCCCCCGCUGAACUUCCCACCCUCUUCCAGAUUAGCCGUGGAGACAGAGCCAGAGCCAUCCGAUAGCCAGUCCUCUGAGGGCGAGGACGAGAUCUCCCCCGCAUCCGAGGACGAGAUCGACGAGCUCGACGAAGAGUCCCCCGAGGAGGAGGACGAGGGUCCCCCGCCUGCGACGCGGCAGCGCAAGGGCCGGACGCACACUGCGGUGCGGCGGGCCAGGGAGAAGGCAGAAAAGGCGUCGGGGUCGAGGCCAGCUGCGGAGGCAGAGAGUCCUCAGGAGGAUGCCGAGGCGAAGGACGACAACAUUAUCUCGCUCAAGGAGGAGGCGCGGCCAGAAAAGGCGCUCGAGCCUGCCCCGCGCAGGCGCCUUGAAAAGCAUGACAGGAAGAUUGACCUCGGCCUCCACGACCACAAGGCACAUGCGGACUGCCCGGACACCCUCGCAUGUCUCCCAGAUACCCCCGGCCGCCCCCAGCACACCCUCCCCGUUAUCCUGCGCUGUGCGAUCCUCGGCAGCCCUCGCAAGCGCCUCACGAUCCGCGAAAUCUACGCGACAAUGGAGUCCAAGUACCCGUACUACAAGUCGGCCGGACAGACUUGGAAGCAAUCGGUUCGCCACCAUCUCUCGCUGAAUCGGCUGUUUGAGCGCCAGCCGCGGCCUGUGACUGAUCCGGGGUUUGGCUCAUACUGGACGGUUAACUUGUCCGCCCCCCCUGGAACGAAGCGCCCUCGCAAGAGGGGUAGGCCGCAGAAGGAGGGCGAGGGCGCGAGGUCGGGCGAGAUGUCGGGCGAGAACUCGCCCAUCACCCUUAUGCCAGCGCCAACCAAGUUCCAGUUCCAGCCACAGACGCACCCCGCCCCGCCCCUGCCACCUCUGCCCCUCCCCCAAAUCAGCUCCAUUCAAACAUCGAUAUCGCCGCUGUCCCUUGGCCCCCCUCCACAGCCCCACCCACAGUCACUCAGCAACCCGCAGCUUUCCCCGUCGUCGCGCCAUCCCCCACCGACACCCCAAUCAUCUUCGUCACAUGCAUCUCACGUUCCCAUUGUUCACAAUUCGCAGUUUGCGCCUAUACAACUCACUAUGUACGAUCCACGACAACACCAUCCUACACCACCUGGCUAUCCGCCAUUGCUAAAAUCACCUACACAUCUGCACCCACAUCGUCCAUAUCCGCAUGACGGGCGACCCCCAGAUUCUCGCGCCCUUGAUAUACAAAGACAACAAGAAGCCGCACAUAGGCACCACGAGGCACAACGUGCACACGACGCGCAUCGAUCCUCAGAUUCCCAACGUCAUUCCUAUGACACGCGCCGAAACUCCUUGAAUAGACCACCGCCGCCCCCACCACCACCGACUAGCGAUCUGGUCAGCCACCGCAAACCAGCGACACCCAUGACGCCGCACUCGUCGAAGGAAUCGGAGGCGGAGAACGGGAUGGACACAAAUGGGCCCAUCGUGUCCGACGACGAAUUUGAGAGCGAGGAGGAGAUGCGACCGCCGUAUGUGCGGCGCGAAGCGGCAUUCGUGGCGACGCGCCCAUCGCCCAUCUUUACGCUACCUCCAUUCUCGAAGCUGGAGCAUAACAAGGAGGAAAUUAUGGAGCACAUGCGGCAGGAGAUCGCGUCAUUGCGGCGCACGUCUGCGGAGGCGGUGUCGACUUCGCUCAGACUUACAGAGCAGCUGGCGAACGCGAAUUUGGAGGUGUCGCGUUCGAGAGAAGCUGUCAGGGAUUUAGAGGACAUGUUGCAGCGCGAGGCCACACAGAGGAAGGAGGCGGAGAGGUUGAAAGACCAGGAGAUUGAGAGGCGGCGUGCGGCGGAGCAUGCGCUGGGAUCUUUGGCAAAUAGGUCGCCUAUUGCGCGUGCGAGGCCGACGACGACGACGUGA